AUGUCGAACAGCUACCCAAUACCAGACGACCGAUCAGCCUCCGCACCAGGCUCCGCAACCCGCAACAAAGUCCCUAUCGCAAAUGCUCUAUACCCCCUCCUCUCCUCCCUCCCCCCCGCUUCAAAAAUCCUCGAGAUAGCAAGUGGAACGGGAGAGCACAUCGAAUACCUCGCAUCUCUCUACCCUACUCUACAAUUCUUCCCCACGGAAGCACGGAUCGACAUGCUUGAUUCCCUACGCCGCAUCAGUGAGCGACAGCCAAAUGUGCAGAGGCCCCACGAACUACAUGUCUUUGACUCGACACACUGGGCCAAUAUCGAGGAAGAAGGUCCCUUCGACGUGGUUCUAGCAUUCAACCUCAUUCACAUCGGACACCCCACACUAACUCCACUCCUCCUCUCGCACUCCGCCCGUCUCGCACCAGGUCUAGUUCUCUACGGCGCAUUCAAGAUUGAUGGAAGGUUUAUGAGCGAGGGCGACAAAAAGUUCGAUGAGAGCUUAAAGUCGCGGGAUCCUGAGUGGGGAUUGAGGGAGAUGAGGGAGAUUGAGGGGGAGGCUCGCAGGGUUGGGUUUGGGGCGUGGGAGGUUGCGGAGAUGCCGGCGGGGAAUUGGGUUGUUGUGGUGACGAAGGGGAGGGGUGGAGGAGAUUAG